UCACUCUGUCCCAUCCUCUCAUGGCUGGCAUCACCUUCAAGACUGAAUGCCUCUCUCUCUUCGCAUGGCAACUGUGUCUGUGACAGAGCAGGAGAGCUCCAAAGGAUGAAAUCCCUGGUCAGCACCUCACACCUCCAGCUUGCUGCCUUUGUUCUGGGCACGAUAGGCUGGAUCCUGUGCACCGUUUCAAUGGGAGUUGUGGAAUGGAGAGUGUGGCAUGUGGACAACACUACUGUCAUCUCCUCUGGCGUUGCCUGGGUGGGGAUUUGGAAAGUCUGCUUCAUCAGUUACCUUCAUGUCUCACCUGGCUACAGAGAACAGUUUUGCCAUAAAUUCAGCGGCUAUGACUCCUUCAUCCCCCAUGAAAUUUAUGCUGCUCAGGGCCUCCUGUUGAUCGCCAUGUUCAUGGGCUUGCUGGGACUGGCUGCUACAAUAUUUGCUCUGAGAAAUGUGUACAUGGGAAUCACUCACAAAACUCUCAUUGCCCCGUUCUUCCUGGUGGGUGGCACCUUCUACAUAUUUGCUGGUCUGUGUGUCCUGAUCCCCGUGAGCUGGAAUUUCUAUUCUGUAACUCACAACCAGAGCAUAGCUUUUCCUCCUUCCUACUACAUGCCCUCCAGUCCAGUGGCACAGGAAGCUGGUGCUGCCAUUCCUGUUGGGAUUGUGGCUGUCAUCCUGCUGCUGCUAAGUGGGAUGUUUUCUCUCUCAUACAGAUUUCCCAUGACUGCAAACACUAUCACUAAAUCCUGA